AUGGGCGAAUGCGUAUUGGUUGAGGAAGCCGAGCCGUGUUUGAGAACGGAAACGAGCAAACCACCGGAUUCGCUCGUCUCUGGUUUGUCCUCAAUUUCACAUCGCAAGCCAGAUUACGCUAGAAGAUGCAUAAUCGUCCUAUUGAUCCAUGCAGUCUUUAUUCUCGCUGUCUUUCUAGCCUUUCUGAUCGGUCACUGGCUCUCAGAACAAAGCGAGAACAACCAUACCGUAGCCGAUGAGUUGGUCUACAUCAUAACACCUCCGCCUACCCCAUCCCCUACUACUAAUCCGCCAGAUGAUGAUGAAUUCACAUUACUCACUACUACCAAGAAACCCGGACUUGUCACUCGCUUUUCACUAACCACGCUAACUCCUGGUGCUCGUCUGAUUCCGCUUGAACCACAACGGAACUUCACUUUGAUGGAUGUCUCUCCACCAGCUUAUGAAUCCUAUGAAUUUAUGGAGGAGCUUCAUGCACGUCAUGGAAAGAGGAAACAAGAAGUUCUUCUAGUGCCUUUGCCCACUCAUACAUUACCACUUCAUUACGAUCUCAACUUAGAUUUGACACAAUUUCAACAAAGAAUCAUCCGAGGGAGUUUGACUGUACAUUUGGAUUCAUUUGGAAACUCUACGGAUGAUGAAAUUCUCUUUCAUGUAGGUACCCGUGUAAAUAUCGAAAGGAUACGAUUGAGGAGAGAAGGUAAAAGAGUGUACCCAAAGACUUUGAAGAGAGAAGAUCAAAAGAAACUUGCCCGUUUGGUGCUGAAGGAGCGACUACAGAGAGGACGGUAUCUCUUGGAAAUGGAAUAUAAUAGCACAAUAUGCGAUGAUGACGGAGGAUUGCACUGCUACUAUGAAGUUGAUUCGGCGAACAACACCGUAGUCGCUUCUUUCACCACCAAAUUUGAACCAGCCCUAGCAAGAUCGUUUGUACCAUGUUGGGAUGAUCCAGGAGUCAAGGCUACAUUCAACAUUUCCAUUCUUCAUCAUCGAAGGUACAACGUGUUAUCCAACAUGCCCAAAAGUGGAGCGAAGAAAAGAAGUCAUGACAUUGUCAUGACAACUUUUCACGAGUCACCACCUAUGUCUACAUAUCUAUUAGCCUUCGCAAUUGGAGAGAUGGUUCCACUGGAGAUGCGUACCGAACGGAAUCUACCACUCUCAAUUUGGACACAUCCAGAAGACUUUCAUUCUGCUCGUUUUGCGGCCAACUUCUCGCCAGUGAUGUUCGAUAGGAUGGAAGAAGAGUUAGAGGUCCCGUACCCACUACCCAAAAUGGACUUCAUUGCGGCACGAAGUUUUCCAGUAGGUGGAAUGGAAAAUUGGGGUCUAAUAGUUUUCGACAAGCAGUCUCUGCUCCUAGAUAGCUCACUAGAAGAUAGUAUCAAUAUGACUGUUGAUCGACUAUACCACGAAUACCGUAUCGAAAAAAUCGUUACGCAUGAGAUCGCUCACCAAUGGCAAGUCAGAUUUUUACAGUGUAACAUCGUACUGUACUCUAAAGUGUCAUAUUGUAGGUUUGGUAACUUGGUUACGAUGAGGGACUGGUCAGACUUGUGGCUGAACGAAGGCUUCGCGACUUAUAUGGUGUACGAACUUCUGGAGCAAGAGCACCCAAGGCUGACGGACAACGAGUACUUGACUCGGCUGUGUCAGCUGGUCAGGAAACAGUCAACACCCGAACGACCAGCUCUGGUGCGGCCACUGAGUACAGAACGCGAGGUAGAGCAAUCUUUCCAUGGUACUCAUCUCUACGCCAAAGGAUGUGUGAUGACGAAUAUGAUUCGCGAUUUGGUCUCCGACUUCGAGUUUCGAGCUGGAAUUCGCAGAUACCUCCGAAAAAAUGCUUAUCGGUCGGUGUCGAGGCAAGAAUUAUGGGAAAGUAUGCCAGCUUAUGCUGACCAUGGGGCUGAGCAGCAACGGCUUAGCACAGUUAUGGAAGGGUGGUUGGUUAACGAAGGGAUACCUGAAAUAACUUUUAGCCGAAACUACCACAACGAUAUGAUUAGUGUAACUCAGAGACGUUGCGAUGAUUAUUACCAUAAGGCUUUUCUCAGAAGUGGCGGAAGAUCCUCUCCAGAAAGACGGGAUCUGAGAACAGGUCGCCGUCGUCGAGACAACAUGCAGGGAACUACACCAUUUGAUGAUUCUAUGUUUGAGUACAUACCCACUGAUAGUGCUGAACCGGUGAAGAAGCGACGAAAACACGGGCGGAGAAAAACGAAAAAGCCUCGAACAACAGCUACCCCACCUUCGGCAAGCAUUUCCAUCCAUGCCCGAAGGGAUGAGUUGCGCAAACCAAGGCAUACCCCUAAACCCACUGAUCUCUGGACUAUUCCAUUUACCUACACUUUUGGAUCUGUAAAAAGCACGGAAGGACAAAUAGUGCGCCAAUUUUGGCUGAAAAAUCGAAGCAUCACAUUCGUCGAUGUUGAAUUGUCUCCUAGUCAGGCGGUGCUUGCGAACCCAAACUGGGUUUAUCCUUACAGGGUAAACUACGAUAUCACGAAUUGGAAGAUGCUCGCUAGGCUGCUACACCAGAAUCACCAAGAGAUUCCAGCGAAAUCUCGUAUACAGAUUCUUGUAGAUGCCGAAACAUUCUUGGCGCAUUCUGACCUUCCACAAUUGUACAUUUACAUUUUAGGGUAUCUGGCAGAUGAAACCGAGUUAGGAGUGUCUCUCAUUGGAAUAAGUGCAAUACACCGACUUUUCGACUCAUUCCGAGGAGUGGAUAUGCCAGAACUUCAGCUUUAUCUAGCUCCAGCUGUAGCACAGUUCGACAGAUUGUUGGAUGAAAGCCAAACGGAUACGGAAAUGGCUGCGAUGUGGCUGAUAGAUCCAACAAGGUUGUCGAAGCUAUAUCACUUGAGAUGCUUGACUAAUCUUGCCACAUGUGAUCAUCAAACUCAGGCUAAACGCUGGAUGAUGUUUCCAAAUUCGCUCAAUGACGAUAUUCACAAACAAGUCACAGCCGUAUGCCACUAUUUUUUUACCCAUAACGUCAGUAAAGAGGAAUCCCUGCUAGAAGCCCAGCUGAAGAGUCGAGGUAGUCUCUGGUCAACAUCUGUACAACUGGCUGCUUGUUCCCAUAAUGAUCGUGUGGUGAAGUUAGCUGCAAAGCAAAUCGUCGCUACAAAAAAUGCUGCCAUUUUUGCAUCCUCUUUACAGUCUGACUUCUCCCUUCACUACAACCCGAAAUUCCGAAAAGCAUUAUGGAACCAAAUCGGGAAAAUGACCACACAGGAGAGGCGUCUACUCUUUUCUGUAAAUGAGGCGAAACCACAACCAGCGUCACGGAUCAUGGUCCAUUCGAUAAGAACACUUGAUGAGCUCAACCAGGUUCGCUCCCUGGUGGACGAAUGGGGACCGGUAAUGUCUAAGCAUUUGGAAUACAUAGAACGGCAUAUUCGUUGGAAGACGCACAUGGCUCAAACAAAUUUAAAAGAAUUUUUCUCGAAUCAUGCUACGAUAUAG